UUGGAUCUGUGUGUACAUAUUGUUUGAGGUAGAAGUCUAGAGGUUUGAUUAACAAUGUCGUAUAAGGUGGAUAAUGAGUACGACUAUUUGUUUAAGGUUGUCUUGAUUGGAGACUCUGGUGUCGGAAAAUCUAAUAUACUUUCCAGGUUUACAAGGAAUGAGUUCUGUUUGGAGUCUAAAUCAACCAUUGGUGUCGAGUUUGCCACUCGGACUCUUCAGGUAGAGGGAAAAACAGUGAAGGCGCAAAUCUGGGACACGGCAGGACAAGAAAGGUACAGAGCUAUAACAAGCGCAUACUACAGAGGAGCAGUAGGAGCGCUCUUGGUUUAUGACAUAACAAAACGACAGACGUAUGAGAAUGUACAGAGGUGGCUUCGGGAACUCAGAGACCACGCUGACUCCAACAUUGUCAUAAUGCUGGCUGGGAACAAAGCUGAUUUGAAUCAUUUGAGAGCGGUCCAAGAAAAAGAAGGUGAGGGAUUGGCGGAGAAGGAAGGCCUUUCGUUCCUGGAGACAUCUGCAUUGGAAGCAAUUAACGUCGAAAGGGCGUUUCAAACAAUUUUAUUGGACAUUUAUCAGAUAAUAAGCAGGAAGGCAUUGGCAGCUCAGGAAGCAGCUGCUUCUGUUCCAAGUCAUGGCACAACUAUUCAGGUUGAUGAGUUUCAUAAUUCUGUCAAGAAAACGACAUGUUGUUCAACUUGAGUGACAAAUGCUUGUAGGACAUAGUAUGGUGGGUUUAAGAAUUUAGAAAAAAAAGAAAAAAUUGCUGAGAUUGAUUAGCAAAUGCUUGCAUUAUUGUAUGACAUUAUGCAUAAUUAAUG